AUGGCAUUUUUGCCAAUAAAACCUUUAUUAUUCGGACUAUUAUCGCUUAUAUUUAUUUUUAUAAUUUUUUAUACCGAUCUCUCACAAGCAACCUCAAUACCUUCGACUAUAAGAAAACGUAAUUACAAAAAGAAUUAUUAUUAUGCUAUAGAACUUAAAGAUGAUUUAAUUACUACACCCGAUGACGUUACAAACCUAUUGGAUAUAAAAUACGAGGGACAAAUUGGUUCUCUUGCAAAUCACCACUUAUUUAGCUCUGAAAAAGAAUUAACUGAUCAAUUGACCGCCCGUUCUAUCGAUUCCACCGAGUCCGAAGACUCCAACGACCGUGUCUUAAUAAAAUAUGAGAAACUCAAAUCAAAACGACAUGCAAAUCCUUCUUCUUUAGAAAAAAGAUCAGUAAGCACUAUAGAUAACAUUGUCUCAGUGGAAAAACAAAAAUUGAGAAAAAGGUACAAAAGGGUUCCCAUUCCAACAAGAGAUAAUAAAGAUAGUAGAGCAGAGAAUUCAAAUUACUCUUUAGCAGUAAACAAGGUAGAAAUUAACAAUGAUAUCAAUAUAACGGAUGUAUGGAAGGAAGGAAUAACUGGGAAAGGCGUCGUGGCCGCAAUAAUCGAUGAUGGAUUAGAUAUGUACAGCGAUGAUUUGGCAGAUAACUUUUAUGCCGAAGGAUCAUACGAUUACAACGAUCAAACUGCAUUACCACAACCUCGACUAGAUGACGACACACACGGAACUAGAUGUGCAGGAGAAAUUGCCGCGGUGAAAAAUGAUGUAUGUGGUAUUGGUAUCGCACCGGAUGUUAAAAUUGCGGGUAAACUACAACUUAAUAAUUUUUCAAUUUUAUUAAAUAAAAUUGGAGCAAUUUCUGAUGCAGACGAAGCUGAAGCAUUAAACUAUAAAUAUCAAUUAAAUCAAAUUUAUUCUUGUAGUUGGGGACCACCAGAUGAUGGUCAAUCUGUAGAAGGACCUCAAGGGUUAAUACUUAAAGCUAUGAUAAACGGAAUAACGAAUGGUCGUGGAGGAAAAGGGAGCUUAUUUGUCUUUGCUUCAGGAAAUGGGGCCUCGGUUGGCGAUAAUUGUAAUUAUGACGGAUAUGUAAAUAGUAUAUAUACCAUAACUGUAGGAGCCGUUGAUCAUACUAAUUCACAUCCGUAUUACGCUGAACAAUGUGCUGCUCUUUUGGUGACAGCUUACAGUAGUGGAGGUGGAAAUUAUAUUUAUACAACUGAUGUUGGUAAACGAAAUUGUACCAAUUCGCAUGGAGGUACUUCCGCCGCUGCCCCAAUUGCAACCGGAAUACUUUCCUUAGUUUUACAAAUCAGGCCUGAUCUUUCAUGGCGUGAUGUUCAAUAUUUAACUUUAUUAAGUGCUGUUCCGUUCAAUUUGUAUGAAUCGGAUUGGGAAUACACUAAAGCUGGUCGAUUAUUCAGUUACAAAUGGGGUUAUGGAAAAUUGGAUGCUUAUAAAAUAAUUCAAAAUGCCAAAACAUUUAAAAAUUUAGGAUCACAAGUUUCUUUAGAAAUGCCCAUCGUAAAAGUCAAUAAAAAAAUACCCGAUACCGAAAAUGGACUUAAAAGUAAAGUGAAUGUAACUCAGGAAUUAUUAACCAAUGCUAAUUUUAGUAGAUUAGAGCAUCUCACUGUCACUAUAAAUAUAAAGCAUACACGUAGAGGUGAUAUUGAAGUAAAUUUGAUCAGUCCAAAUAAAAUUACAUCAAAACUUGGUAUGACAAGAGAAUAUGAUGAAUAUAAUGGAGGUCUAACCAAUUGGACUUUUAUGACUUUAAAACAUUGGGAUGAGUCACCAAUUGGUGAAUGGACACUUCAAGUGAAAGAUAGAUUAAAUCCUCGACAUACAGCUACAAUACCCGCCGUAGUUACAACGACCGUUACAUCUACCAUUACAUCCAUUGCAUCUCCCACUAGUCCUGUACAUGUUGGUUUACAAUUACCUAUCACCAAUGUCUGGAUUUUAACUGGAAUCGGAAUGUCAAUUGCUUUUAUACUCGUCGGAUGCAUAUACUGCAUGUGUCUUCUAAAGAAUAAAUAUUCGAAGAAAGGGAAUGGAAAAUUCAAAAAAGUCUUUGGAGGAGAUGAUUAUCAAUUGGUCUCAUCACCAUCGGGAGAUACUACAAAUGGAGCCGAUGAUUCUAUUCCACUAGCUAGAGGCAGUAAAGAAUCUUUUAACGCAUUUGGGGACACUUCCGAUGAUGAAGAUGAAAAUACUCGAGUAGUAUUUGAAAAUGCUUAUAUGGAUGAAUAUAUGAAUGAAAAAAACAAUGGAAAAGUUGACAAGCAAAAUAUUAGUAGUGAAGUAAUUGAGCAACGUCAAGAUGGUGGUAGUUCAGGUACAUUAAGUGUUGAACCAGGAAGAAACACUGACAACAACUAA